AUGGCUGGUAAAGCUAAAACCAUUGAGAAUCCUACCUCAAGAUUACAAACCAAAGAUGAAGAUGUGGACCCUAGACCACGUCAACUGGCUUUAUGGAUAGAUACAGAAUCCGAAUCCGAACCUUCGUCGCAGCAGAUAUCUAGACCGAUAACGCCAUUCGGCCCCUCUGCGCUGGACCCAGCGACAGUUCCUAGGCGCUUGUCCAGUAGACUAGUUUCACAAACCAGACAAAGAGACCCUGAAGAGUUGGCCAUUGAACUGGACAUGAGACAAACAGCAGCGACAAAUCUGAGAAAUGAACAGCUCAGAGGCAGAACCCCCUCCACGGGCGCUAGGUUAGAAAAAGCAUACCAAGCUAAACUCGAGUUGGAAAUAACAGAAAAGGAAAGGAAAGAAAGGAAAGGCGAAGAAAAACGGAAGAGAAUUGCAAAGCGCUUAGAAGAAAUAAAAUGCAAGAAAGAACAGAUGGAAUUAGAGAAAAAGAAGGCUAGAGAACGCAAGGAAAAGCUCAUUCAAGAAAAUUUGAAGAGCCCCAAAAUUAGAGCUGAAGAUGACGCUUCUGCUAAAGAGAGAAUUCUGUUUGAACAAAAGUGCGAAAAGGAAUGUGAGGAAAACCAAAAGAAAUAUCCCAUUCAACGGGACGUGUUCGAAGAGACCAAAGUCCCUUCUAGACUGAGAAGAUGUUGGAAUGGGUUUUUGAAUGCUGUUAGAUCUUCAUCUUGUUUUGGUGGACGCCGAAGCAAUAGAGUACACCCACAAGUGCGACAAGAUGAAUAA